UCAAUGAAGUGAAGACGUUUGUUGUGAGAUUAGUUUCCUAUUUUUUCGCCUUCCGUCGUUUAAUUAAAUUCUGUGUGAUGUAAAUAAUUAGAUAGUACAAAAAAUAUUUUUUACUUUCCAAUAGAUAGAGCCCGAAAUUUUGUUUUUAGUAGAUUCAUAGAUGUAGGCACAGUAUAAUGUUUCUCGAACGCAUACUAUUUCCUCUGUUCUGUCUCGGAAUAGAAGUGUCUCGUGGAGCGGCGAGCGAGGAGCUGGCGCUGCGCGAGGUAGCGGUGGACAAGGGGACGAACGUGACGAUCCCGUGCGGCGGGCUGCUGACUCUGGCGCCGCAGAACGUGCAGUGGGUGCACAAGGGCAACCGCACGCACCAUGAAGUCCUGACGGACGGAAGCUUGGUGCUGCUGAACGUGGGCGUGGAGUACGCGGGCGUGUACGAGUGCGGCGUCGAAAAUGACACCACGUUCCUUGAUAGGAUUAAUGUCACAGUCAAAACGGAACCUCCCCCACUGGUCAACGUGACAGUCCACGCGUCCACAAUUCUCGCCCUAAUCCUAUGGAACGUAGCGGGCGACGGUGGGCACCCCAUCAUAGACUUCACCGCGCAGUACCGCUCCGCGACCCCGGUCAACGGCAGCCUGGAGCCGUGGCGGCCUAUCAGCCCUAACCACAUCAGUCCCAACUCGCGGCAAAUCGACGUGUACCACCUGGACACCAACGCGUCCUACUGGUUCCGCGUGUGGGCCAACAACCAGCUGGGCUCCGGGCCCCCCGUCGACGUGCUCGCCACCACGCUGUACUCCGACCCUGAGGCAGAGUUGUACAAGCACUUCUUCAGCGGCGCCGAGCAGUUCGACACGCGCACCUGGCUGGCGGCCGUGUGCGUGGUGAUGGGCACGCUGCUCGUGCUGGCGGCCGGCACGUGCGCCGUGCUGUGCCGCGAGUGGCGCCGCCCCGAGUUCGAAGAACAAGACAUAAUGGAGCUAGUGCCUAACAUAAUCCUUAACCCCGGGUUCAUGGACACGGAUCCCGUGCCGCGGGACACGGCCGGGAGCGUGAUCCGCUCCACGGAGUGUCCGGGGCCGGGCAAGCCGCGGCGGGUCUGAUUCUCGUCUAUACUUAACCUUAGGAUAUUCUAUCGCACCGAUUCGGGACAUUUGUCAUGAUUGUAGCGUUGAGGUGUGACGUUGAUACGGGAGCGACGUUGCGUAUAG